AUGUUUGAGGCAAUUCAUCCUAAUGGAUUUGUUGACGCUUGUUGGCCCAGGAACUUGGCACCGGAAGCGCAAUCGGUCCAUGCUAGUGGCUUCAUUGCCCACAAAGGUUUUGAUCCCACUGUACAAUGGGUCAAGGUCACAGAUACAGGCACUGGAGACAUCAUCGGUGUCUCUCAGUGGCUAAUCAUCAAAGAUGAAAAACCCCCAGAAUUUGACUUUGAUGGGCCGCCUGGUACAUGGAAAGACGAAAAAGAAAGGUUAUACGCUCAAGACAUUUAUCGUUCCUUCGUGCGUUAUAGGCGGGAUGUUCUUCGCAGCAAUAACCUGCCUAUCGUUGGUAAGAAUAGAUAUAUGAGUCCUUCUUUUUCAACUUCAGAAGCUGAUAGAUAUGUCAUAGUUCUUAGCAUCAUGACUGUGCAUCCUAACCAUCAAUUCCGCGGCGCAGGUACUAUGAUGAUGAAGUGGGGUAAUGACGUCGCCGACGAGAUCAAAGCACUGUCUGUUGUAGAAGCUACUAAUGCGGGUCGCUGGUUAUACGAGAAAAUGGGUUACGAAACUAAGCACCACUUUGCUGUCGAAGCCUCUGGAGAUUCAAUUACCGAGGUUGUUCAGAGGCUUUUCUUCAUGGUAAGGCCCCGGGCGCUGGACCUGGAUGUUGAUCAUGUUUGA